AUGACAGCCGAACAGCGUGCAGAGGCGAACAGCAAAGAACCUGUUCCAAAUGCCGACGACACUUGUACAGAGGGAGUAGUUGCAUCAACUUCGCGUUCAAGGCAAGCAGAGGAAGACCAGGAGCUGUCAAGGUUCCAUGCCAAAGCGAAAGCUCGAAGGAAGAGCAGACAGAAACGAAUUCAGUAUCAGUUCAUGUUCAAAGCAGGGGCCUUUGUGAUCAUGCUGACUGUGGUGAUGAUUACGAAGAAGAUCCAAGAGUGGUACAAAGGAGGAACGAAUCCUUCAGAAGAUAAGGCUCCGUCGCCAACGACGGCUGCCAACAGUGAGCUUUGA